UUGUGUUGGUAGCUAGAGGGGAUAUGAAUUCAUGUUUUUCUAAAGUAAUAAGAGAAAAGAGCCAAGCUUACUUAAAAAGUUAUCUUGAAAAAAGAAAUUUUCAGCACCUGUUGUUAAGCUCAACUGAAGCAGUAGAAGAAGCUUCUGAAUCCGCUGAUUCUGAAGUGGCUGCCGAUAAUUUGAGCUUAAGUUUUGACAGCAAGACUUAUUUGUCCGAUUAUACUGAUAAACCUCAUAAGGAAUCUUUUAAAACCCGUUUACCUCUUCCUAAAGUCAAACUUGCUGGGAAAUUAAUAAAAGAGAAGGAGAUAAAAGUGUACUUUCUUGAUUCCAGUAAAAGUAUCCUUGUUUGUCCCCGAGGAAAGUUUACUACUUCGUGGGAAAUAUGCAACCGGCUUGGUGAAUUAAUUGGUCUUUCUCCGCAAGUCCAGGGAUAUUUUUGUUUGUGGGUUACUGAAAGUAUAUUAGAGCUUGCUUUAAAGUUCAACUACGAGCCCUUCAUAGUUCGGAAGCACUACCCAGAAACUACUUUUAGAUUUCUAAGAAGACCUAUAAAAUCUUCGGUGGAACCGGUGUUUGUAUACCGCCGCGAUCCUUUUCUAGACAAGUACAUCGAAAAAGGCAUUACCGAUCCUUGCGCUAUUAAACUUUUAUACGACGAAUGUAGAUUCAAUGUUUUGAAUAACAGGUACCCCAUUUCCGCACGCGACGUAGCACAGCUUGCCGGCCUCGAUAUGCAGCUUAUAUUUGGUGACUGGAUGGAGUCUACAUAUUCAGAACAGUUUUUGAGCCAAAGGAAAAUUUUUGAACUCAUACCGAAGUUUAUUCAAGCAAAAAAUGAUGAGAAAACUUGGAGAAGUUUAGUAUCGGAGGCUCAUAAAAAGUACCAAGGAAAGAACGAUGUACUUUUAAUACAGAAACUUUAUAUCCAAUACUGCCAUCAGUUUCCCUUUUAUGGCUGCUCCUUUAUUUAUGGACGCAUAUGUUUUGAUGCAAAGUACAGAGAAUCAAAAGGAGCUAUUAACUCCGCGUUUGGGGACUUCAUGCGAGUUGGAGUCAACUCGGAGGGAAUAUUCAUCAUCGAUCAUGCCAAAAACGAACUGAAGCUCCACCUCGGCUAUUACGAAUUCAACUGGCAAUACUCCGAUAUCGACAAAUUGCUGUAUUUAGAAUUCGGAGACCUGAAAUACUUCAAAACCCUGUUGAUCAUGACCCCACAGGGCGAGUUAAUGGAAGGACUCAUUUUAAGUUUUAUGGAAAUGCAGCUAAUUCGCAACAGAAUCGCGCGUGGUGUUAAGGAAAAUGCCCCUAAAUAAAGAUAAACGUCUAACUUUA